ACAAUAAAGUAGAAUUAGCUCACCUGGUUUUGAUUCCUGCCUGGCUGACAUUUAUUUUCUUCCCCUGGUUUUCUUACGUAGGAAGGAAAGACCCCAUUUGGGCAAAGAAAGGGAAGUGCCAGCACCUUCUUCAUUCAUUGGCUUUUAAAUUUCAAACUGGUACCAGCUAUAAGAUAAUUUGGGGGGGGGGGUAAUUUAAAUGUGAAAACACUACGUUACAUUUAAUUCCUUUCCUCUUCAUGAGAGUAAUUUCUAUGAUUAUACAUUUCUUCUGAGUAUAUUUCCCAUAUCCAGUCAUGGGAUAUUCAGUCAAAGCAAUCUUUUUAAUUUUCUUAAUUUAAUGUGAAGACACCAUUUCCUACUUCAGCCCAGGUUGCUCCUUCGAAAUGCCCAGUACAGUUCCGUUAUACCUUGGAUAAUAACUUGCUGACUCUAGAGCAAAGACAUUUCUAUGAGGACAAUGGAUAUCUUCUCAUCAAAAAUCUAGUGGCUGAUGAGGACAUUGAGCGCUUCAGCGAGGAGUUUGCAAAAAUAUGCAGAAGGGAAGUGGAGGUGCCUGUAUUAACCAUCAUGAGAGAUAUAACGGUUGCCAGGUCUGAGUUUGUUCCAGAUCAGAAAGCAAUUUCAAAAAUUCAGGACUUCAUUUUUGAUGAAGAACUCUUCAGAUAUUGCACGUUACCUCAGAUUCUAAAAUAUGUUGAAUGCUUCACGGGGCCAGACAUCAUGGCAGUGCACACCAUGUUGAUAAAUAAACCUCCAGAUGGAGGAAAGAAAACCUCUCGUCAUCCUCUGCAUCAGGACUUGCAUUAUUUCCCUUUCCGGCCUGCUGACCGAAUUGUUGCUUCCUGGACUGCCAUGGAAAAAGUGGAUCGUAGAAAUGGGUGUUUGGUAGUGGUGCCCGGAUCUCAUAAGGGCUGCCUGAAGGAGCACAAGUAUCCGGAGUGGGAGGGUGGUGUAAACAAGAUGUACCAUGGAAUAUGUGAUUAUGAUGAAAGCAUUCCCAGAGUUCAUCUUGCCAUGGAGAAAGGAGACACGGUGUUCUUCCAUCCCUUAAUAAUUCAUGGUUCUGGAAGGAAUAAGACGGAAGGGUUUCGAAAGGCUAUCUCUUGUCAUUAUGCAAGUUGUAAUUGCCACUAUGUUGAUGUGAAAGGCACCACGCAGGAAAUUAUAGAGAAAGAAGUUCAAGAGAUUGCAAGGAAGAAGUAUAAUGUAGACACAGUUCCCCUGAAAGAUAUUUGGAAGUUCCGAAGUCGACUUGUUAAAGGAAACAGAAGAAAUCUUUAAAUACUGUCCAGAUCAAUUCCUGAACUGCCCAAGAAAACUUGGAGAAUUCAGCACUUAUUUCUUGUUUCUUUUUUUCAAGUGCUGUGCAGUUACAGAUAGUCCUUGCUUAACGACCACAAUAGGGACUGGAAAAUUCAUUGUUAA